GGUAUUAAUCGUCCACUAAUCAUACCCACAUAUUUUUUUGGCGAUUGAUUCGCUAUCAACAACCUCAACCCAAUCUGUCGGUGUCUCUUUGCUGGAGGGUUUUUGUAGGGUUUCUCUUUCUCCUUCUCCACGAAAGCUAUACAGAAUUAUACCAUACAACCCGCUCAAAGAGAGAGAACGAAAUGGGUUCUCUAAGAAAUGGAACAGAGACAGAAAGAUGCAGAGAAGACGAAGAACAAGAGGAGCCAAUACUAAAGGAACAGAACCAGAGAUUUUGUAUGUUUCCCAUCAGAUAUAAGCAACUUUGGGAGAUGUACAAGAAGGCUGAGGCCAGUUUUUGGACCGCUGAAGAGGUUGAUCUCUCCCAGGAUGUGCAGCAAUGGGAAGCUCUGUCUGUUCCAGAGAAACACUUUAUCAGCCACGUAUUGGCAUUUUUUGCUGCAUCUGAUGGGAUUGUUUUGGAGAACCUAGCGGCAAGAUUUCUAAGUGAUGUUCAAAUUCCAGAGGCCCGAGCAUUCUAUGGAUUUCAAAUUGCAAUGGAGAAUAUUCAUUCUGAGAUGUACAGCUUGCUUUUAGAGACGUACAUCAAGGAUUCAAGGGAGAAGCAUAGGUUGUUUAAUGCUAUUGAAAGCAUUCCUUGUGUGGCGAGGAAGGCAAAAUGGGCAUUGGACUGGAUUCAUAGUUCCUCGCUGUUUGCAGAGAGACUUGUUGCUUUUGCUUGUGUUGAAGGAAUCUUUUUCUCAGGAAGUUUCUGUUCCAUUUUCUGGCUUAAGAAAAGGGGCUUGAUGCCAGGUUUGACAUUCUCAAAUGAGCUAAUAUCCAGAGAUGAAGGCUUGCAUUGUGACUUUGCUUGCCUUCUAUAUAGCUUGUUGCAGAAGCAACUUCAAAGGCAAAAGGUUGAGCAAAUUAUUGAUGAAGCAGUGGAAAUUGAAACUGAGUUUGUGUGUGAUGCCCUCCCAUGUGCAUUGAUUGGCAUGAACUCGACACUUAUGAGCCAGUAUAUAAAGUUUGUUGCUGACCGUCUUUUGGUUGCUUUAGGUUGUCAGAGAAAGUACAAUGUGGAAAACCCCUUUGAUUGGAUGGAAUUUAUAUCUUUGCAAGGGAAAGCAAAUUUUUUUGAGAGAAGGGUAGGAGAUUAUCAGAAGGCAUCUGUUAUGUCGAGCCUUCAAGAUGGUGGGAAAAACUUCAUCUUUAAAAUGGAUGAAGACUUUUAGUCUGAUACAAUGCAACUCCUUCAAGUAUCAAAGAUAUGCUGAAAGAAGGCAUCAAAAUUUUGUUACUAUUCUUUAUGGUGACAUUUGUCGGUAGGCGACAACAUUUGCAAGCAAUCUCAAAGUAUCAAGAUAAUUGUUUAUUUAUUUGGGGCAGGUUUUAGAACUGUCAUUACAUACUAUCAUUUUGGCAACUUCUAUUUUAUGUUAGUUACUUAUAAUUGAGCUCAUUGUAAAAAAGACGUUAUAUAUGAAUACCAAUAUAUUUUAUGUCCUC